ACUUUAUACGAUUAGAUGUUAUAUAAAUUUUAACAGAACGCAUUGACUUUCUCGAGUCGUCCCUGACCUUCGACGACGUACUGUACUUUGACAAGAAAUAAAUAUAAUUAUUAAAAGAAAUGGCGAAUUGACCAAGUCUGGAUUAAGCUUAAAACUGUUAAUAAUAUUUUAUCGGCGGUCAAAGUCAGCGAAGAUGUGUUAGAGGCCUAUAUAUAAAAUACAUACCAGCUUGCUUGCUUCAUUCUCUCUCUAAAGAUAACUUAAAAAUUAAAAUCAUUUCAUUUCAUUUCUUCUUCAACGGGCAUCUUCAAUCUUUCACAAGGAUCCUUUUUUAACUUAAAGAGAACUUCCUGAGUUGUUGUGAGAUGGAAUUGGUAUCUGGGAAAGUAAUUCAAGGUUGCUCCAACGCAGGCAAUCCUUUCCAUGAGUGUACUGCUAUUUGUUUAGAUAAAUUAAACUCGGUGGAUAAUGUCUACAAGAAGGAGAAGAAGAUCUUUGGGUUUGGUAAGAGAACUCCAAGUAGGGACACUCCUACAGGCAGCCCCGCUCGUGGAAGCAGAUCGCCUCUGCCCAGCUUCUUCGCCGCCAAAAAGAAGGUUGAGUCAAACAGUCCAUCUUCCACUGAACACACCAAUAAUAACUUCUUCAGCCGCCUUUCCCCGCUACAUGGACUCCCAUCCCAACUCAAGAACGAGGCUGCAACCAGUGUGGACUCGCUCCCCAUGUCUCCUACUCUGGCUGGAUAUUCAGGAGGAGACUAUUUUGCAAGAAAGCGUGGUGGUGAGGAUGAUGAUAUGUACUCUCCAAGGCCUUUUGGAAUUCGUCCUAAGACGCCUGAACACCCUCUUAGGACGCCUCAGCAUAGGCCCCGUACACCCCAACGCGUCUCUGAUACUAGGCCGUGGGCGCACCAGGCGGAUCCAAUUUCCCUAGAAACUAGGCCAAAGACGCCCAUACAUGAGUCUUCUGCAAUAGGAAGGAGGCCCCAAACACCAGAAACUAGGCAGCAGACUGCACAACACAGGGGAAGGUCGACUGAGUUCAUGGCAAGAUCCCCCGGGCCAAGGUCCAAGACCCCAGAGCCUCAACCUACCUACUUUGAACCAUCCUCAGGGACACCAAAAAUGCGGUCCAAGACGCCGGAACCCAGUACUAGGGUUCCACAAACUCAGCCCAUAUCCCACAGAUCUCUUGACUGUGCUGAAACUAGGCCUAGGACACCGGAACACCAGACCAGGACCGUAGAAACAAGGCCAAGAACACAUGAAAGUAGGCCAAAGACUGCAGUCUAUAGAGGAAGAUCACCUCGUCACAGAGAGACGAUCUCACAAAACCAACAAAGGUCGUUUGAGAUGGGUCAAAGGUCACCUCAAGAAAGGCCACCCAUUACGCCUAGUCGCAAGGGAUAUGAAACUCCUACCAAACAGGAAGAACGUUUUGAUCAACUUGAUGAGUCGGCUAGCUCAGAUGAUGAUAAAUUUUCAUUUGUGGAUGAUGAUGAUCACGACGAUAAGCAAGACAAGGAGCCGCCAGAGCUCCCAGAUGAAUCGCAGAGCUUCAGUCUCUCAGAAAUCUCCCGCAUGAAAGGAAUAAUAAUAACUAAGAAGAAUGACGAGAUCCAGUCCAUCGUAUCUGACUCUAUUGUUUCUGUGGGACACUACAAAGUCCGAGCGAGCGUCUCGGCCACUCUUUACCAAAUCCUCGACAAGCACGGCGACAUUGCAUCCGGUACUAAACUUCAUUCGCUUGCCGCGCGAUCCUACUACCUCGAGAUGCUUGCCUCCGUUGUUUACGAACUCCAAACGACUCCCUUGAGGCAUCUCAAGGAGUCCCGCGUGGUGGAAAUGCUAGCGAUUGUUAGAGACGUUGAGUCGGUGAAAAUCAAGGCAGGUUGGCUCACGCCCGUCCUGGAGGAAAUAGUCGAGGCGGUGAAGCACUACGACCAACACGAGAGGAGCAGAGUGGAGAGAGAGGUGUGGGAAGGGGAAGUGUUGCUUGUGAGACAAGAAAUGGAGAGAGAGGGGAAGGAGCUGAAGGAGAAGGAGAAGAAGUUGAAGGAGUGGAGGGAGAGAACGACGGAGAUGGCUGGGAAGUUGGGUAGUCUUGGUAUGAGACGAGCGCGUCUUGACAAGAGCUUGGCGCUUCUGAGUUCCAAGGUGGACAAGUUUCAGGGUAAAUAUGUUCUCUUGUGACCAAACAAUUACUUCUUGUUCAUUUGGCGUUGCGUAUGCAUCCGAUCAUUCUUUUUGUUCAUCGCGUGUGAGUGACAAGACAAAGCCUAGCUAGCCGCAAAAUAAGCAUUUGUGAUUAUCUGUUUUUGGCUUUUAGUUAGAGUUUACUGUGUAUAUGUGAUUAUCUGUUUUCUA